AUGUCGGUGCCGGGGCUGCAGCUACUCGGUGGCGUGGCGGGAGCCGCGCGAUCGCUGCCGUCGUUCGUGGCGGCCAGCGUGAGUGCCAUUUGGGACCCGACGAAUGGCGACGCCGUUGCUGCUGUUGGUGAGAUCACCGCGGCGACGGCGCUGGAGCAGAUGAAGCAGUCGAUGAUGGCUGAGCGCACAGGCCGCAUGAUCCUCCAGGGUCAGCCGCGCGUCACGGAUGACACACUCGCCUUCGCCAGCCAGCAGCCGGCAGGAACAUUCGGCCACCGCUACGCGCUUUACAUGGAUCACAACCACUUCCUCCCCAGCGGCCGCACGCCCGUCACCCGCAUCGCAGAUCCGGUGCUCGCGUAUGUAAUGCAGCGCUAUCGCGAGACACACGACUUCGUGCACGCCUGCACGGGCUGUGGUCGCACUGUCGAGGAGGAACUCGCAGUAAAGCUACUGGAGUGGCGCCACACAGGUCUCCCACUUGGCCUCCUUGCCGUGCUCGGUGGCAUGCCGUGGCUGAACGUGCAGCAGAUGCGCAACAUGGCGCUCUACAAGGAAUGGGCCGAACUCAAUGCACCCAGCCAGCGUCACGAUCAGCGGCGCAUUCCCUGCAUCCUCAACGUGCCAUGGGAGUCGUACCUUGAUAAGCCGUUCGAAGCGCUAUUGGAGGAUGUCGGCAUCACUCCUAUCGACGUCUUCCUCCAGGAGCGGCGAGGUCAAACGACAGCGGAAACAGACACGGGAGCACUAGAUAAUUCACGAGUUGAACCUCAAUAG